UCUUGGAAAACUGGCUCCAUGUCUUCCCAGUGUGGUGAUGUGAAAAUAAUCCAUGGGUAAAACGUGCAGCAGCCUGGGGGUCGUGGGAGAAGAUCUACAGUGCCCCUGAGCUUGGUGUUAGUGAGGCUGCACCUUGAAUCCUCUGUUCAAUUUAGGGCCACUCACAGCAAGAAAGAUUAACGUGCUGGAGUUUGUCCAGGGAAGAGCAACGGAGGUGGGGAAGGUCUGAAGCACAAGUCUGAUGAAACAGCACAAGUUACAGGAUGAAACAGCCUCAGGUUGUGCCAAGGGAUGUUUCAAUUGGAUAUUAGGAAAAAUUUAUUCACAGAAAGGACUUUCAAGCACUGGUACACAGACUGCCCAGGAACGUGGUGGUGUCACCAUCCCACAAGUGUUUAAAAAAUGCGUGGUUGUGGCACUUGGGGACAUGGUUUAGUGGUGGAAUUGGCAUUGUUAGUCUAAUUGUUGAAAUCAAUGAUCUUAGAGGCCUUUUCCAACCUAGAUGAUUUCAUAAUUCUGAGGACUUUAAUGCUCAGCUUAAGAUUUAGGCCACGCAAGAACAUUUCAGAGCAAAGGAAGCAUCUGAAUUCCUUCUUAGGAGCUGGACCAAGAUCCUUUCCAGAGGCAUGGGGACAGCAGCAGCCCUUGUGAUGAGACUGGGCUGCAAGGCAGCGAGGCUGGUUUCUUUCUCCUCUGCCUCUUUGUGCCAGGCUGGGCUUAGACUCCUGGUGAAGCAGUGCUUGCUUAAACUCUAAUAAUCAAUAAUGCAGUGUGUGGCCCCAGAGCAAAGUCAACAUGACAAAGUUACAGCUCCAAAACAGUGGAAGGCUACACAAAUGAGGUGACACAGCAAAAACAGGAGACUUAAAAUGUUAAUUGUUUUGUUUUCUGAUGCUGUCUGCUUCUGAGUCAUUGUGGAGGUUUCAAACUGGCUGUGGGUGAUGGCCUUAUCCUCCACCUAGAGGAAGAAAACCAUGGAAGUCUAUUUGGAGGAUUUGAGCUCUGGUGCAUCUGUUGGCAAGUAUAGUUGAGGUCUGUAGUCCUUGAAAAGGAAAUACUGAAAUGAUCUAUGGAGCCUGAAUUCCAGGCCAGCCAUGUGGGAGAUCCUCAGUGAGAAAUCAGUCUGACACUGAAAGGCCCAAAGUUUUAUACUGCUGGUAAGUGGUAGGAAUUCACAAGGGAAAAGAAGUGUCUCAACCCAAUAUGAAAAAUUCAAAAAGUAGACAGAAGUCCAAUUAACCAAGGAAACAAAGUAGAAAAAAAAAAUUGCAUGGAACUUAAGAAGAGGCUCAGACUUGGCAGAGAGAAGAUAUGGGAUCGGCUCACCAUAGAAGCUGCCAGUGUGCACCUUCCCAAAUGGGUUUGGGGACGGUGCCCUGUGCAGGUGGCCCCAGGUCAGAGCGGGAAAGGACCCGCUUAUCUCCCAGUGUCUGCCAGCUGAGCCCCAGAACACAGGCUGGAGUGGGCAGGAGGACAUCAGCUGCUGCCAGAGCAUGAAGACACACUUGGCAUUGCCACUGGGAGGUAGCUGUUCUGCUUAACGCUGCUGCCAGGAUAUCCUGGGGCAGAAGGUGACAUGAGCAGUGUUGUCUCCAUUGCUGCCCAGCAGCCUGUGCAAUGGCUCUGGGACUCAAUGUAGGAGGACAAGGGGUUGGCAAGAGGUUUCUGGGGGUGGGUCUUCACCUACAGUGGGGCAGGAGUGCAUGGUGUACUUACACGCCUGAUCCAGCCUUGCAAACCUGUAAUGCAUCACGUGAGGUACUGGACAGCACUGGGCUUCACUGGCAGUACCACAGAACAGUCAGUACCUCAUGGCAAUAGGUGAGGUGGAGAAUAGGCUUUAAGCAGGACAUUUUCUUUGCAGGUAAAUGUCCCAGGUGCCUGAGUCCUCUGUGGCUCUGAACAAAGGGCCAGCUCAACUUAGGACAGCAUCCCAAAGGAUGGGGGGGAUGAUCUGCAUCAUGGCGCUGUGCCAGCCAUGCUGGUUCCCACCCUUCUGUCAGGAGACCACGCUGGGUUUGCUCUCCCAUUCCACAGGUCUUUGGCUACACAAUGAGGAGAGGUUAUUGCCUUGGAAGAGGCAGGAGCAAGGCAGAGAACAUUUGCUCAGGGUCACCUGAGGCUCAGCUUGGUACAAUGUGCAAAGAUCAUCAAGCCCACAGGAUUCUUGUGUCAAGCCCACCUGAGCCGUGGAGCUUCCCACAUCAACCCACAUGCUGCUCCCUCCGUCUUCACCCACAAGACCCCCACCUGGCUUAUGGCAUCAGGUUACCCAAGGAAUGCAUACUUUUCCUGUAAAAAACCAAGUGGUUUUUGCCGUUAGGUAACUGGGAGUGGUCCCCAGCCAGAACAUAUGUCCUGGAGCUCAAAGAGCUGGAGCAGUUGCUCCUCCCAGAGAGAAGCCACAUUAGUGCAAGCUGUGAGUAAGUGGGGUGGGACACGCUAGAAGGAAAUAUUGGAGAGCAGAGCAAACAGUGAGAGCUGGAGCAGAGGAGAACAAGCAGCAUGGCAGAACUUUGUGUCGGCUCUGUUCUGGUGACUGGGGCCAACCGGGGACUCGGCCUGGGGCUUGUCCAGCAUUUCCUGAGGAUGCCAAAACCACCUCAGUGGAUCUUUGCGACCUGUAGGGACCCCAAGGGACAGCGAGCACAGGAGCUACAGAAUUUGGCCUCCAAACAUCCCAACCUGGUCAUUAUCGCUCUCGAAGUCGCCGACCCCGCCAGCAUCAAGGCAGCUGCAGCCAAGGUUGGGGAGCACCUGGGGGGCUCUGGGCUCAACCUCCUCAUCAACAAUGCUGGAAUUUUGAAACCAAAAUCCAUUGAUAAUGAGAUGCUGCAGGACAUGACCGAGACUUACACCACCAACACGGUGGGACCCCUGCUGAUGGGCCAGGCAUUUCUGCCCUUGCUGAAGAAGGCUGCCCAGGGGAGCCCAGGCUCAGGGCUGAGCUGCAGCAAGGCUGCCAUCGUCAACAUGUCCAGCAUUGGCGGCUCCAUCACUUCUUGCUUUGGUUGGGAGAUGUUACCAGGUGUCUCCUACCACUGCAGCAAGGCUGCUCUGAACAAGCUGAGCAAGUGCCAGUCCCUGGCCUACAAGGAGCACGGCAUCCUCUGUGUCGCUCUCCACCCCGGCUGGGUGCAAACUGACAUGGGCAGCUUUGAUGGACACACGGUAGGAAUUCCCCUGGGGAGGGUCCAUCAGCUGUCCUCCAUCUCUGAGAAGGAGACUGGGGCCUUCCUGGACUGGGAAGGGAAGGUCGUGCCCUGGUGAGAUGCUGAUUCAGGAUUCCAGCUGUGAGGACCUUUGCUGCUGCACCAUGUUGUACCUGUCCCUUAGUAAAUGACUGUCCACAAACAAUGAGUAGCAUUG